CCAGCCUCGGUUCUGCCGCCGCCGCCUUCCCCGGUCCGCGGGGGCCCUGCCGGCCGCCUUCCCCGCAGCAUGGCACCAUCGGGGCUGAAUUAGCCGGCAGCCGCGUUUGGGGGAAGCGGGAUCUCAAGGGGUGGGGGGUGCCCUGCAGCCUCGGUCAUGGAUGUGAGCAAGAUGACUGUCAGCAUCAAUAAGGCCAUUAAUACGCAGGAAGUGGCUGUAAAGGAAAAACACGCCAGAACGUGCAUCCUGGGCACCCACCAUGAGAAAGGGGCGCAGACCUUUUGGUCUGUUGUCAACCGGCUGCCCCUCUCUAGCAACGCUGUGCUCUGCUGGAAGUUCUGCCACGUGUUCCACAAACUCCUCCGAGAUGGACACCCAAAUGUCCUGAAGGACUCUCUGAGAUACAAAAACGAACUGAGUGACAUGAGCAGGAUGUGGGGCCACCUGAGUGAAGGAUAUGGACAGCUUUGUAGCAUCUACCUCAAACUGCUGAGAACAAAGAUGGAGUACCACACCAAAAAUCCCAGGUUCCCAGGCAACCUUCAGAUGAGUGACCGGCAGCUGGAUGAGGCUGGAGAGAGUGAUGUUAACAACUUUUUCCAGCUAACAGUGGAGAUGUUCGACUACCUGGAGUGCGAACUUAACCUCUUCCAGACUGUGUUCAACUCCCUGGACAUGUCCCGCUCCGUGUCAGUAACGACAGCUGGGCAGUGCCGCCUCGCCCCGCUGAUCCAGGUCAUAUUGGACUGCAGCCACCUCUAUGAUUACACCGUCAAGCUGCUCUUCAAACUCCACUCCUGCCUCCCAGCUGACACCCUGCAAGGCCACCGGGACCGCUUCCUGGAGCAGUUCACAAAGCUGAAAGAUCUGUUCUACCGCUCCAGCAACCUACAGUACUUCAAGCGACUCAUUCAGAUCCCUCAGCUGCCUGAGAACCCACCUAACUUCCUACGAGCCUCUGCCCUGUCAGAACACAUCAGCCCUGUGGUGGUGAUCCCAGCCGAGGCCUCAUCCCCUGACAACGAGCCAGUCUUAGAGAAGGAUGACCUCGUGGACAUGGAUGCCUCCCAGCAGAAUUUAUUUGACAACAAGUUUGAUGACAUCUUUGGCAGCUCAUUCAGCAGUGAUCCCUUCAAUUUCAACAGUCAAAAUGGUGUGAACAAGGAUGAGAAGGGUCACUUAAUUGAUCAGCUGUACAGAGAGGUCAGCGGGCUGAAAGCCCAGCUGGAGAACUUCAAGACUGAGAGCCAGCGGGCCGUGCUGCAGCUGAAGGGCCGCAUCAGCGAGCUGGAGGCCGAGCUGGCCGAGCAGCAGCACCUGCGGCAGCAGGCGGCCGACGACAGCGAGUUCCUCCGGGCGGAGCUGGACGAGCUCAAGAAGAAGCGAGAAGACACAGAGAAGGCUCAGCGGAGCCUGACAGAGAUCGAGAGGAAAGCCCAAGCCAACGAACAGCGGUACAGCAAGCUAAAGGAAAAGUACAGUGAGCUGGUGCAGAACCACGCUGACCUGCUGCGGAAGAAUGCGGAGGUGACCAAACAGGUGUCUGUGGCCAGACAAGCCCAGGUGGAUCUGGAACGAGAGAAAAAAGAGCUAGAGGAUUCCUUCCAACGCCUGAGUGAGCAGGCCCAGCGAAAGACUCAAGAACAGACGGAAGUACUAGAGAACUUGAAGCAAGAACUUGCCACCAGCAAACAGGAACUCCAGAUUGUCCAGGGCAGCCUGGAGACCUCCGCCCAGUCACAAGACAAAUGGGCAACCCAGAUCGCCGAACUAGAGAAGGAGCGGGGUAGCUUGGUGAACACCAUGGCUUCUCGAGAGGAGGAAUUGUCUGCUCUUCAGAAACAGCUGGAAGACGCCCAGCUCAAACUGUCCAGCGCACAGGAAUCUAUGGGUCAGCUUGCAAAGGACCAACGAAAAAUGCUUCUGGUGGAGUCGAGGAAGGCUGCAGAGCAGAUGGUACAAGAGGCCCUGAGGCAGCUUGAGGAGCCCGCUCUCAUCAGCUGCACCGGACCCGCAGAUCACCUUCUCUCCACCGUCAAGUCUGUUUCCAGCUGCAUUGAGCAACUGGAUAAAAGCUGCAGCCAGUAUCUGGCCUGCCCCGAAGACAUCGGUGGGCUUCUGCACUCGGUAACCCUUCUUGCCCACUUGACCAGUGACACCAUUGCUCACGGGAGCACCACCUGCCUUAGAGCUCCGCCAGAGCCUGCAGACUCACUGACUGAGGCCUGUAAGCAGUAUGGCAGGGAAACCCUCGUCUAUCUGGCUUCCCUGGGGGAAGAAGGAACCCUUGAGAAGGCCGACAGCACAGCCGUGAGGAGCUGCCUCAGCAAGAUUGCUGCCAUUGGCGAGGAGCUUCUGCCCAGAGGCCUGGAUAUCAAACAGGAGGAGCUGGGGGACCUGGUGGACAAAGAGAUGGCUGCCACUUCAGCUGCCAUUGAAACCGCUACGGCCAGAAUAGAGGAGAUGCUCAGCAAGUCCCGAGCAGGGGACACGGGAGUCAAAUUGGAGGUGAACGAAAGGAUUCUUGGUUCCUGUACCAGCCUAAUGCAAGCUAUUCAGGUCCUGAUUGUGGCCUCGAAGGACCUCCAGAGAGAGAUAGUGGAGAGUGGCCGGGGUACAGCGUCCCCUGAGGAGUUUUAUGCCAAGAAUUCUCGAUGGACGGAAGGACUCAUUUCAGCCUCUAAAGCUGUGGGCUGGGGGGCCACUGUCAUGGUGGAUGCAGCCGAUCUGGUGGUACAAGGCAGAGGGAAAUUCGAGGAGCUAAUGGUGUGUUCACAUGAAAUUGCUGCUAGCACAGCCCAGCUUGUGGCUGCAUCCAAGGUGAAAGCUGAUAAGGACAGCCCGAACCUGGCCCAGCUGCAGCAGGCCUCCCGGGGCGUGAACCAGGCCACCGCCGCAGUUGUGGCCUCAACCAUUUCUGGCAAAUCACAGAUUGAGGAGACAGACAACAUGGACUUCUCAAGCAUGACGCUGACCCAGAUCAAACGCCAGGAGAUGGAUUCCCAGGUUAGGGUGCUGGAGCUAGAAAAUGAACUGCAGAAGGAGCGCCAAAAACUGGGAGAGCUUCGAAAAAAGCACUAUGAGCUUGCUGGUGUUGCUGAGGGCUGGGAAGAAGGAACAGAAGCAUCUCCACCUACACUGCAAGAAGUGGUAACCGAAAAAGAUUAGAGCCACACCGACGCCCCACACAUCAGAGUUCUUUUCAGUUUCAUCAUUUGCACAAACUUGUGAGCGUCAGAGGGCUGGUGGAUUCCAAACCAGGACACUACCCUGAAUCUGUGCGCAGAGUCAGAAGAACAGGAGUGUUCUGGCUAAGAAUGCCAAGGCAGUUCUUCCCUACUUUUGGCAAUUCCGUGGAUUCCCACUGCUUCUUAUGGUGGUUGGUUGAGGUUUUUUGGUUUUCUUUUUUCAAUUGUCAUUCAUCUAGCCAACUUCCCAAAGGGACCAACCCUGGAGCUCUGAGCUCUCAGGGGCCCCUGACCACAGCAGUUAACAGCGAUGGUGCUGCUCAGGCUUCACUUGGUGCUCCACGUCAGCCUCCACGCUGUGUCCUGCUGAGCGAGUGUGGGUCAGCCAAGGCCACUCCCCAGGGUCGGGUGGAGCUGCUGAGCCACAGCUUUCCUGCAAAGGCAGAAGCAGAGCGAGUGCCUUUCCUUCCUAAAGCUGGAGCUUAGCUGAAAGCGUCUGCCCACCUUCACAAGUGAGAGCAAGGAGGGUGCACACAGCCCAGGUCUUCAGGAGACACCUUUCACGCGAACUCCUCGUGACCAGGCUGAAAAACCACAUCACACGCGCGAAUGGAGCUGGUGAGAGUAGCCACACUUCUUCCCCCAUGGAAUGAAUUUUCCAUGCCACCUCCCUUCAGACCCAGGCAGGGCCCUAAGAGGGAGCGUGUGCAGGGUUUCCAAUUCCUUUCUCCAAAUGCAUGCCUUGGCAUCCUCUUGAAUCUGAAGAAGACCGUUCCAUGUUCUACCUAAUUGACAGACCCAGAAGAUCAGUCAAACUUGCUCCCAGCAGGGAAGAACCCUGUGCUUGGUUUGGUACCUUUAAUAUUUAUUACUAACCUCCGUUAAGCAGCAGCAGCAGCCUACAAAAAGAUGCUUGGAGCAAUCAGGAUUUUAGGGGUGACUACGGCAAGGCUCGCGUUGCUGCCCCAGUACAUCAGUCUUCAGGAAGCAGAAACAAGGCCAAGAUGCUGUCCCGAUCUGUUACCGUCUUGGAUCCCAAAGCGGGCACAUUCUUCAAAGCAUCCGGGUCAGGGAAAACAAGAAAGGGGGCCCAGCCUCACAUCCCGGGCCCUCGCCGCCCUGCAGACAGGAUGAGGACAGGGUGCGUUAACAGCCUUCGGGAGCCGGGCAGCCUGACAGCACUUAUCCACCUCCAGAUGGACCCUGACAUUUAAGUGACCUUCCAAUCUUGGACAAGCAGUGUCUUCCUUCCUUAUUUGUAGCAACUCAUAGGUAGUAGCCAAUAAGCACUUCCCAGGACCCAUCCCAAAGGAGCAUUGCGAGGUGCUGCUGUGUGACAGGUUGUGAGGCUCCUGUCGGAUCACUGUGAAUCAAGCCCACCUCCUUCCUAAAGCCACCCUGACUCCUCUGCAUUUUCUAUGUAGGACACUCAAAAAACCAUCUCCCGCUAGCUCAGAUUCCUCAGACUACAAGACUCAUGAGCGCUCUCCAUACGAGCUAAGAGGUGGCAGUGGAAGCUGAGUGCUCCAUGUCUAAUGCUGCUCUGUGUCAGUGUUUUCCCCCCGAGGCUCAGAAGGAGUGGCCUAGGGCGUCCCUGGCCCGGUUGUGCCCGUUAAGCCAAUCAGUGUCUUCUCACUGUGGCUCAGCAUUUCCAGAGGUAGCUAGUCCUCACUUCCAGAAUCUCAGCCACUCAAACAAUUGUGCUCCAGAUCAACAGCAGGGAAAAAGAUCUAGUAUAUUGGGCCACAUUAGGAUUCUCUGAAUAACAGUCCCUCUAAAGAGAAGCCACAGUAAUUUGUACAACCUUCGUGGGCCUAGCCUGAGUAAUAAAACAGUUCGGAAAGCAUUUAA